AUGAUUCUGAGAAAGCAUUGGUAUGUCGUAAAUUCAUUUCCAAUGUAAUUAGCGAUAUAGCUUAUAAUGAAUCCAGUUUCGUUAGUACGUUUUAUGCCUAGUUAGUUUAUCAAUGACAAUUUAAAAUAUAGUUAAUUAAUGAGAGUAUGAUGUUCUUAAAAAACACACCGAUAAUCUUUGAAAACAGCAAUGGGCUCCUAAAUGAAAGAAAAAGACGAUAAUUUUGUGAUCUUUGUACAUUAUUUCGGAUCAAGUAUGUUACAAAGUAUAUUUUUUAUUUUUUUUUCCUAGUUAUAUUUUAUACUGAGAUUAUUCUCAGAACCAAAACUUAGAAUAUUUUUAAACUAUUAAGUCUAUUAAGGAAUUUUUUGUGUGUGUGCGUGAAGCUCGCUCGUGCGCCCAGUAUUUGUGGUUGCAGCAGCUGAAGUUGUACUUGGAUAAAAUAGUUAGGCAUUGUAUUACGACCCGAAUCGCAGGGUAUGCUUUGAAAUUCAAAUUAAAACAACAAUGAAAGCAGGUGUUCUUUAGAUCGUUAGAUAAAGACUCAUGAUGUACACAUGGGUCAAAUUUCCAAGAAAACUGGUCCCCCAAAAUGACGACGGAAAAUUACGGAGAAUCAUGAUUCUAGCCAUUAUAAAUUCGGUUAAACCUAUGAGCAAGCCGAAAAAAAGGAGUUCAUCACGAAAAAUGUACAUGAUUGUACGUAUGUAAAUUUCAUGAAUGUUCUGUAGAAUCUAGAGUAGCGUGCUUCUGCUAUAUCAGCUUGUCCGGCUUGUUGAAAUUUUUAUUGCGUAAUUCAAAUAACUACCCUACUUACCACAUAUAUAUGGCUACGAGGUCUGUAAUAUCUUUCUCAGAGUCAAGAAAGGGUGAGCAAAAUAUGUGAUAAUGUGAAGGCGUGUAAAAUCUCCACCUCGCGAGAAGCUCAGCUCCUGAAGCAUGGAGUUCUGCGCGCGACGCGUUUUGUGUCCUCGAGGGAUGAUUUUCCGCUCACGUGUUUGUUUGUAUCACUGUCUAUGAAGAGAAAAUUCAGAGGAAUAGUCUACUACACCUCUUAUCAACGCAACAAAGAUUUCUGUGCCGUUGUGCCGCUUCACUAGUGACCCAGCCCUCCCAUCACACAGUCUUCCUACUCCACCCCUCCCCCCACAUCUCUUACGGCACUCAUGGAAACUGGACCAGCGUCAAAAAACCGUGACAAAAUGUAAAAUUUGAGUUCAGUGGGAUAUUGCUGCAGAUAUUCAGACGAUGUUUCGCCGACAAAAACAAACUGAAUCUACAUGAUGGACAAUUUAAACAAUGAUGGUUUUUCCUAAGGUGAAUCGCACGUUUGUAUAUCACGUUUUUAUCGCCGUGGAAGGGAAAUCUCAGAGGCAUUGGAAAUUGACGUCUUCGUUUGAUGAAUGAAAUUGGUAAAAAUAACUUACUAUUUUGCAUUUAUUUCAGGUCUCUCUUUCAGCCUGAAAUGGAUUUGAAGUGGGUUAUUUCUGAAGAGGAGAGAACUCGUCACGAUGCCUUAUUUUACAGUCAAAAACCUAAGGAUCAAUAUUUAUCUGGUGAGAAAAUGUGUGAUGUGUGAAAGCGAUGGCGGCUUCGAUCGCGCUCAUCUGUGCAAAUAUUUCUUCACAUUUUUUGUUAUAUUUUUCAGGUGAACAGGCUCGUUCUUUGUUCAUACGAUCCAAACUACCUUUACCGGAGCUCAGUAAGAUCUGGUUGGUUUAAAAAAAUAAUUUCGAAAUGUUUAUCAUAAAUUUUUCACUUAGCGCGGUACUUAACUAAAUAGUAAGCUUAUAGACAGUACAUGUAUAUUCAACAAGCUAAAUCGAGUGUGUGAGAUUAAGCUUAUGUUAUGUUCGCAGGGGUGAGCCUUUAGGAAAUGCAGUUUUUCUAAAUUAGGCCCAUCAGCGUUAUACAUUUGGUAAAAUUUGGAUCGCAAUCUUUCGCAGUUGCAAUCGUCAGAUUCCAAAGUUCGUCUUUUUCUAGAAACAACGGGUUCCUCGCUUUGUUUUCAAAACAGAAUUAUCUCGGCUAUAGAUUUCUUUAUUAUCCAUGUGGCUACAUAAGCAUUGUGUUUCACGUAUUUUAAUUUCAAACCACAGUAAUUAAAAUGGAUUGGUAAAUGUCUUGGUGAACCAUGUGAUACUUUAAUAAGGCGAGGUAUCAUUUGAUUGGGAAAACCGUAGGUAUUAAAAUUGACUGUGUUCUAUAUCUUCAAGGCAAAUACACUCCAUUACACAAGUUUUUAUUAUGCAAAGUAUCUAUAAUUUCCAAAAGCCCAGGGGUAAGAAAUAAUUAUAUUAAUCUCUACUCUAGAGUGCCUCCUUAUAUUGUUAUGUUUUUGUUCGUGGGAAAAAAUAUGGGCUAUGAUUUUCACUGCUUUAUAAUUAGCCAUUGUGAAUCGAAGGCUGUAAGAGAAGAAAACUGAACAUCGCCUACAUAGCUGGAUAUUUUGCUGCAGCUUAAUUUUUUUGUACAUACUUUGCAUACCUUUCAUUCAUUGUUAUAAAGAUAUCACAAAGAAAACCAUAAAUAUUAAAAACUCUCUCUUAAGGGCAAAUAAACAACCAGUAAACAAACAAACUCAAACUCUGUUUGCUCAAUAUUAACAACAAUGGCCAUACUCAAUAUAUUAAAAUUCUAUGACUUUGAGGCUUUCUGGUCAUUUUCCUGUAUUUGGUUUGGUUUUCUUUGUGCUCAAGUCUCCUCUGCGAAUUGCAAAACAGUGGAGUGGUGGACAUUUUGCUAUUUUGACCCUAAAGCCUCGGAGCCAUGUCAGAAUUUUAAUACGUCAAACAUAGGCUAUUGAGAAUACCAUGGACACUAGUUUAUAAUAAAUCCUUUUUAUAAGUCAAAAUAACACUCAAUGGCAGACCAUGCAAUAUUGUGGACCCUCUAGUGUUUGAGGGGUCCCCUUAUUGAGAUGCUGAUAGAAGAAGUUAGUGGGCAAACCCCAAAAUGUUUGGUCUAUAAAUUAAUUAGGGGCCUGGGCCAAUGACAUCUGCUGUGAAUUUGUGUACAGUAAUUUCCCUUAAGGUAGAGGGGGUGGCUAUAAAUAAUUGUUGGCCACAGGUGGGGUGUGUGGCCAGGACCUUGUUAGACCUUACCAUUUGGCGUAUACUUAUUAGCCAGGAUAUAAAAGUGCCCCCCCUCCCCUCCCUGGAGUAAAUAUUAUUGGCCUUUGGACCAUUCAGUUGGGAUUACAUGAGGAAUGCCUUCUUAGAAAUUAAAAAAAUGCUCUUUUGAUUGCUUUUAUCAUUAAGUAGCAAUUUUAACGUCUUAGUAACAGCAUUGUUACAAAAAGUUACUUUUAAAUUGUUAAGAACUGCUUGUGGGUUGAAUUUUUUUGUUUAUUCUUAAAGGAAACUUGCUGAUGUGACACGAAACAACACGUUGGACACCGCAGAAUUUGCCAUAGCAAUGCAUCUCAUUCAAAGUCGUUUAAAGGGCACAGACAUUCCUGAAAAAUUGCCUGAGUCCCUAAAUCCAGUUUAUUUACGUACUGUCGAUAUUCCAGCUAUGUCACCAGAGGAGAAAGAAGUCUAUGAAAAAGCUUUCGUGUGGAAUGUUAAUUCCAAAACUGGAUUUAUUGAUGGUAAGCAUCGAAGACUCUUUGCUGGAUCAGCACCUCAGUCAUGAUGUUGAAAGUAAGGUGAAAGUUUUUGAGGUUUAGAGCGGUACUGGAAUAAACUGCAUUGUAUAUUGGUAGAGGCACUCAAUCAAGGGAAGUUUUAUGCUGAGUUCUCCAGAACAUUUAAGCAGCAAAACCUGGUAAUAAAUUGCCAGCUAGCUUUGAAAAAACUAUUUAAGCCCGCAGGACUUGAAAUAUGACGGCCAGUCAAAGACAAUGUUAUAAUUCUAGUCAAAAGUAGCUGGCUUUGUCCAAGUGAAAAUAGGUUUGACUAGACAACUUGACAGGUCCCAGCUAAAAAAUUAUUUCAAACUCUGGCCUUGUCAUUUAUAUGAGUUUGUCUCUGGGUUAAUAUUUAUUGUAUUUUCUCUUUAAGCUGAAGCUGCUUGUGCCAUCCUUACUGGGUCUGGUCUGCCUGAUCAUGUCCUUGCUCAAAUAUGGUGAGUUAAUUAAAAUGACAACUGAAGAUAUCAGUUGGUUUUUACAGUCCCCUUGAAAGUAGUUUAGUGAAGUAAAGUAAAACUUUAUUUCAAUAGGGUGGCCCAUUCAGUUCCGGAACUGGUCUCCAUAGAGGCCCUGAUGCUUAGUGCAGAAAACUUCCCUUUUGCCCUUUGUAAGAACAUCCUUUUUUUGCGGAGACAGGGGGGAGAGGGUGGAGUGUAGAGUUGGGGACUGGCAUUGUGGGUAUCUGACUCAUUUAUCUAUACUGUGCGAUAACAAUAUUAUUAUUUCUCUAAUGUCUCAUGCUUUUAUAGGAACUUUAUUUUAUUAAACCUAACUUUCUGGCUUUCAUUUGCCCCAUAGCACACCCCUUUGUGAAGGAACUGGGAUAAUAAGUGACGUACUAAUUUAUGGAUAGAGCAUUUUCACAUGACGUAACUUCGCCAUAUAGCUGUCCCGAAACAAUGAAAAGGUGGCCAUGUUGGCGUCCCAAACCCCAAAACCCAAACUUCCCAUUUUUAAAGUUUCUUUUCUUUUAAUACAUUUGCAUGGCUUCUGGCCACAAGGUUAAAAAGGCUCAACUUUAUACUGUACAUUCAUAGUAAGGCCAUUUUUAAAACAUGAUUUUCUUGUUUUUGACAGGAACUUAUCUGAUAUUGACAGGGAUGGUAAACUAUCACUGGAAGAAUUCUUUGUAGCUCUUCAUUUAACUAGAUACUGCAAGCAAGGUAAUUGCUAUUAAAAUGAAGUGCCUUGCAGAGCAAAGAAUAUUGGCUUUUUAGUUAUACCCAGAAUUAUUUGCCUGGCUUUUAUCAAAUUAUCAAUUAUCCCCUUGCAUACUCAGUUUUACAUUGUGGAGAUUGUAAGUUUGGCACAAUUUUAGCAUAAAAUGAGAGUUUCCAUCACAAUAUGAGUUAACUGCCAAGUGUUUUGCAUUUGGCUCCUGUUUCAUUGCCAGUCUUCAUUCUACAUGCUUUACUUGGCUUUAGUUACAUGCAAACAGACAAAAAAACAUUUUGUACAAGUGCAAAUUUUUUUCACUAGGUAACUCAAUUGAGGGGCUGUCAAUAAAUGUGAGAUCAAUUCUUCCACCACAGGUAAUUUGCCUAUCCUGUUUCUUUUUUCUUUUAUCAUUUGUUAUUCACACUUUUUAAAGAGGGAAUAGUUUAACAUGACUCAAAAUAAAAUACGUAGAAUAAACCCUAUUUUAUUUUUGCUGAUGACCACAUACUCAAAACUUCAGAAGGGCGGGCUUGUAUAGUUUAUCACCCUUUUAAUAGAGAAACACCUUGCCCUUUGGUAAAGUUAAUUUUCUUAUCUUGCUUGGCCUUACAAUAUAACUGCCCAAGUUACAUGUAUGUUGAUUGUUAACAUUUUUGUCUAGUGUGUAAAUUGUGUAUCCAGAAAGACCUGAAUAAAUACAAAUCAGUAUAACAGAAUAUUAUUUUUCUAUUUGUAGCUGACAGAUGAGUGCUAUCAGAGCAAAAGACUGAGGUUUGUAAUGAUAAAGAAAUUCCAUUUAAAUAAAUUUUGUUUAUGAUACCUAUUUAUAGCUGAAUUCUUAUUAUUUUACUAUUAGUUUAAGAAUUUUGCUUGAUCCCCCACAACCUUGCCCUUGAGUGGAUAAUUCUUUAUAAAAUGAGAAAGUUAACUCUUUGAAACUAAGAUUAUUACAGUAAAUCCUCUAUUAAGCCCCCCCUCUCAAAUAAGCCCCCCCCCUCCCCUCCAUCCUUACUCUUCACAAGCAAUUAACAUGUGCUGAUUUGAUAUAGUUUAUUCGGGCUGGAAAUUCAUGUUGUUUUUGGUCGUCGGCCGCAUAACCUCCAACUUCAUGUGCUCAACUUUUUCAACUUUAUGCUCUAGUUCUCUGUGAAGAAUUGUUACCAUUUCCUUAUUGUCAGAAAAAGCAGUAUAAUGCCCGGGAACCAUGAGUCCGUCCUCGAGAAACCUUGCUCCUGUUGAUGCAUUUCGCUAAAUGAAAUAAGCUCCCCCCCUCAAAAGUGCUUGAAAAAAAUAAGCUCCCCGGGGGGCGUAAUAGGGGAUUUAGAGUACAUAAUUGAGUUGAUUGUGGAGGGAACAAAAAAUACAAUUUAAUCUUUAUGCAAGUAGAGGUCAUAUUUAAUAAGUAUCAUCGAUGUUGCAAAGAAAAUGGUACAGUAUUUGUAAAAACACACACCUGAAUUCCUGGAAGAACCUCCCCUGGAAAGUUGGAUAAUUUCUUGUCUCUUAAUACACUAACUUUUGUGUGCUGAUGAUUUUAUAGGCUUGCGGAGGUCCAGAUGGAGAAGAGAAAAUUACUUUCAUUGAAGGUAAGACGCACCCCUGUUACCAGGGGCCAAGAGCUAUUUUAAAUUCUACUGUUAAGUGCCAAGACUGACCAACAUCAAUUUUCUCUUAACAAUAUCGAUACAUAAUAAAAGAAAAGUUUAUGAGAAUAAAGAAAAUGAUCAGCUAAGGAAAAAUGCUUUGAUCUUUUAUCAAAUUCUCUCAACUUAUUCUUUAAGGCAAUGUAUGAGGAUCAGUGUGGAGAAUUUGUGUGUGGAUAUCAAGGCCUAAUUAGGGUUAAUCUGACGUGCACGUAGUAUGCCCUUUUUACAUCACUGCCUUGAACCAAAAGUAAAAGAGCAGAAGAAUAAAGCAAAUAAGUACCGAAGAUAAAAGGUCUGGAUUUGUGGGUAAAAUCUCAUUAUUGCACCACAGGAAUGUACUAUGUGGAAUGGUUUGGAGAAAAUGUAUGUUGAUCUUUACUGGGCCCUUCAUGACAGCAUUAUUCAUACACUCUUGUUUUAUUCUAUGCUGUAAAUAACCGAGUUUCACUUGUAAUGCGAAGAAUGAAACGUGGUAGAAUGUUGAGGAACUAAGUUUUACGACGGCGACAGCAACGAGAUCGACAAAAAAGCAAUUGGUUUAGAUUAGAAAAACAACAACUCUGCACGUGCAUCAUGCUUUUUUGCACAUUUCUUUGCCGUCGUUGCACGACAACGACGUGGAACUUCCUAGUUUCACGUUUUAUGAAGGACGUGGAGAGAAAACAACGACUUUCUUUUCUCUUUUUCUGAAUUUAGAUACAAUCCUUUAGAAUCAACUCCAGAAGAAUUCCCCAGCAUUAAGCAAUUGUAUGAAAUGGAACAAGAGUAAUAAAUUUUAAAACAGCGCGAACUUGCUUUCCAAGUGGCGUAUUCGUUGCUGUUGCCGUUGCCGUUGUGUUUGCUUGGUAACGAUCACGAACUUGGACUUUUUAAGUACUUUCCACUAUCCGCCAUUUUGUGACGAACACAGUUACCUGCAAAAAUGCAGAUUAGAUCAUUCUCUCUUUAAGACUCGAAGAAGAAAGUCGUUUAUUUGCGAACCUUUCGUAAUGUGAAAAAUAGUGCAGUAAAGUAAUUUAAUUAUUCAUUAGAUUAUUUUGCCAUAUUUUGUUGUAACGUUUCAGACGAAAUUUUCAGGUCUUAUCGUCCACGUGACCGUUAUACUUGGGUUCAGAGGACGUGUAAUUUCUUGUUGGGCAGUUUUAUUACCGGUGAAAACGUGUUUUCAAACUUACCAUUCUGUCAUUUAUACGCCAAAUGCUUAACGUCAGAGUGAAAUCUUUUCAAGCAGCAUUCUCUGGUGCGUAGGUGUUGGUCGCCUUCUAAAUAUCCUUGGUGUCGGAGACUUUUAAUUCAGGGUUUCCUGUUUUGGUCACGUCUUAAGCUACGGUGAAACGGGCAACAAGAACCCGCAACUUGUUUUGGAACGGCUGCGAAAUGACUUGAAAACAUGUUGCAAGUUUUACCACCCAAUUUCAAACCGGACUUGCAACAAAUCAGGUUGUUGCAAGUUACGUGAAUACUUACUUCUGAUUGGAUAAAAUUACGCGGGAGUCACGCCAUACAAGGGAAUUAAAUCACUUGCCGAAAACAAGUUUGCCUUGGGCCGCUAAAACGAGGCAACAUGUACAGAAUUUGUUGCAAAAAAAGACUGCUUUCUACUUUCUGCAACCUUUUUUUCGUAACCUGUAACAACUUAAUUGCUGCAGGACAGGUUUAAUUUGUGGGUUGUAAAACGCGCAACAUCACUUUUCAACUUGUUUUGCAGAAAUGUUACAAAACAAGGGCACGUUUUUUUCCCUUUAGGUAGACUGCGAGCAGUCACUCAUUUUCUUCAGAAAAUAGUGACCUGUAAUCGUGACUUUUGGAAUGUGUCCUGUAAAAGAAACCUCUCCGUUUUCUUUAGAUUUAGCGAGGGGGGUGCACGCGCGCGAGAGCGUCCCUCUCCCAUCUCGCGCCUUCAGUCACGCGCGUUUUGUUCGACGGACUACGAAAAAAACGUUUAGGACGAAGACGCGUAUCAAGCAUAUAACAUAUAACAUUAUUUGAUACCAUACACUCGGCAGCGGAAACCAACGUGCAAUAUCAUCUCUUAUCCCGAGGGAAAAUGUCGGGAUAUCGAUAUCCCUUGAGAUCCCUGCGGGAUUGCCGGGAUGCCACUCUUAUCCCGCCUAACUUUUCAGCACUUUUUUCUUGGUAUGUCAGGAGAAACUGUGCCUGGAAAUAGCUGGAGGCUUCGAAGAAUCCAUGGCGCAGAAAGUCCAAGAAGAGUUGGAGCAAGUUGAGAGACAAGUGUUCGUCUUUGAAAAAGAGGAAACUGAACUCAGACUUGUAAGAAGUAUUUUUGUGGCUUUUGCUCAAUUAGUUCGCCCUUUAGUAUAACUCAUGCUAGGUUUCCAAUAAAGGAGAUUCAAGAAUGGGGAAAGUUUGGUGCCGGAUUCGUUUUGCCGUUCGCACGCAGAUUCGUGAGUCCGGAACAAAAAUGUCCCAAUUUGGUCUCGCGCGUCCGGGAUUCUGAAUCCUGAAUGAAUGUAUGGUGAAUACCCUUAAAGUAACUGAAAUCCGGAGACAUUUUUGAAUCCGGAAUAAUAUUUUUCAGUGUAAACUUAAGCCGGAAGUAGAUAAUAGACAUUUAUCCUUGAAUUCAAUUUUUAUUGACGAUAAUUGAAGAAAACGAUCGAGGCGUUUUACUAUAUCCUUUUGGCAAAAUGGUGGACGGUUUGGUUAUUUUAUUUUAUUACAAUCAAUUUUUUUUUGCGCCUCGAAAAAAACUGCUUGUAGAGUGGGAUGUUGUAGUUAUGUUGGAACGAAAAAGAAAAGCCCCUGAACGGUCCUGAACGUGAGCCUAUGCAAUUUUAGAAAGAGGGAGCGGGGUUUGGGUGGGGAGGGUGGAGGUGCAAUUAGCCCCUUCCCCCGAAAAACAACAACAACAACAACAGCAACAACACUGGACGACAUCAUCAUCAACAACAUCAACAAUAAAGAUCAAAAAAACUAUCAAAACUCUCCUCUGCGGCUCAGAAGAAAAAUUUGUUUAAGAAUUCCUGCUAGUAGCUGUCCUAAGAGGAAAGAACUUGAAAGACGAAGGACAAAAAUCCUACUGACAUGAAUAUACAAAAUGAGCACUGGCAGUUUUUAGCCCUCCUACCGUAUAGUGGUCCAUUAUUUUUCUCCAUAUCGAUUAUCUUCCUGUCAUCGUGGUCAUCAUUCAUGGCUACGAAAAUAUGCCUUACGAGUGUUCACGUGAGACCAGAAGCCACAGACUCACGAGUUUCUGAAUUUAAAAACAGACUCGUGCAGACUUGCCAAAAAUACAGUUCGAAACGUUCAUGUACUUUGUUCUUGCAAAUAAUAGGCUGCUUUGUGCUGUUUUUUCUCGUGUUUUCCACCGCCUAGGCACACGGUAUGCCUCCAUCUUUGUCCGGUUGUGAUGCUAAGUAAUAUUUACAGCAACGCAUGGGCAACUAAGCGUUCUUAACAACAUGCAAUAUUAGCCUGCUGAUAUUUCCUGAUAUUUACAUUUCGCAGACACUCCAGCAGUUAAAGGACAAGACCAAAAGGGAAAGUUUCAAGCCGUUCGAUCGAAGUUUUCUCUUGAAACGUCAGCCCACGGGCGAAGAUAUAUUUCUAGGAGCGAACAAGAAAUAUUGGUCGCCGCUCUCGGAUAGAAAGGACGUGGAAAUCUUGAAAUUGUGGAGAGAAGACGGCGACUUGAGCGGUAAUUAUGAUUUGUGAUUGUUAUUUGCAAAUAUUUUGCGUGACUUUAACGCGGUGUUGGUUAUAAUCCUGGCUUUCGCUGACGAAUUCAUUUCGCAGCUUUGGUUUGAGCCGAUUAUUGAACCUUUCGCGGUUGGAUUGCUCGAUCGCAAAAUUUGCAAACACAAUAAAUGAAAAGAAAACAUUGACAACCAUUUUUAACACUGCCCAAGAGCCUUCACCUCGCCAAUUAGCGGCGCGACUUUGGAUGAAUUUUGUUAUAUUAUUUUUUCAUCAGCAUUUUACUCCGUUGCUGGAUCAGAUCGAGGACUGGCCUUGUUUCAGAAUGGCCUAUAAAUUGAAGAAGAGAUUUGUGUUUCUUAAACGCUUAUCGUUGCAGAAAAUCGUUCAAUGUUUGUUUUAUUUAAUGCGAAUAAUUAUCAUACUUCGAUCAACCAUAGUGAUGACAUUAUCGAGUUGUUUGUUGGUUCGAAACUUUUUCUUUUCCCAACGAAUUUUACCGUGUGUAACAGCUGCCUUAAAAAUAUUUAAGUCAAAUGAAGUAUGCAUACAAUGAAGUAUGCUAAAUUCAAAUUUCUUUAGUUUGUGUUGUAAUUAAUCUAGUGAAUUUAGUUUCUAAAAUGUUAAAGCUGUAACCGUGAUCUUUCUUUAAGUCCAUUCGAUGAAUUAAUAAAGUUCGCCUUCAGUGACUUCUAGGGAUUGAAAAGGUUCAGCAAACUUUGUGCUACGGUGGCGUGCUGAUUUUAACGAUCGGAUGGAGUGGUCAAAUGAAAAUCGGCUGUAGUUUUCAGUUUAAAGUUUGUUUAAUUUCAAUAAUUUUUGAAAAUCUUCAAUUUUGUCACAUGUAGGGUAUAUUCUUUGUGGCAUUUUUUCCUUCCAUGUUCGGUUUUGUUUCGUUCAAACCUGAAAUAAUGGAGACAGACAGUUGGCCGUUCAGGGUUUAUUGAUAAACGAGAACGAGUCGGCUCGCAUAGGAAGAGAACAAGGAAGUUUUACAUAAGAAGCAGGGUUAACAUGAGAUCUCGGAAACCGAGCCAUGUAUAAUGACCUGCCUAUCGUGAAAAUGCCCUAAGGGCCAGUUUUAUUAUCGAUUAUUAAAACAAAGUUUAGUCUGUCGGUGUUUAACAUUGAAACGCAAUCUAAGCCCUUGUCAAAGCAAAUUGACCAACCUCGAUAUUUAAACCCAUUGUCCAUUGUUAGCUUUUACAGGAAGGCCGAGUAUUAUAGCAGACAAGACAAACAUUUCUCUGCAGUAUUUAAAAUGUCCCAUUUAGAAAGUGAGGUAUCCACAGAAUUUUUCUUAAUUGCUGUCUAAGUUAGAGUUUGUCUUGCAACCUCUUAUGUGUUUUAGGGAGCGAGAUUCAUUCAUUUGUUGCAGUCGCUUCAAGCCAGAGACUGGAUUAUGGCCAGCAGCUUCUUGAUCGAUACAAAAUUGCUUCACAGUGCAAAUACAAUUAGCAGAAAAAAAUUCCAUUCAGCUUUUAAUGCCCUGGAAACUGAUUUAACUCACAGACCAAACUUUCUAUCGGUAUACCAGCGUAAUAUACCUAAGCGGCAUUCUAGAAGAACUCGUGAAAAGCUUUUCAGUAGCGAUUUAAAAACUUUUCAACUAAAAUGACUUCAAGUGAAGUUCUUUCCGGAAUGUAAACAACAGCUCGCUCUACCGCGACCGGAAAGCGCAUAUCACUGAAAAUUUACAUUAUAUUUGUUUAACCUCAUACCAGUCUCUCAUUGUCUAAAUGUGAUGACUAAUAAAUAACUUGGAAAAUUUAGAGGCAUUCGUCAGCACAAGGAGCGUUUUAAUUAUUUAGUAUUAAAAUUGCACAUGCUGAUGUGUAAACUUAUAUCUUUCAGUAACUUUUAAAAUGUUCCGGUCUUCAUGUUCUUUUUAUUUUCCCAAACCUCUGAACGAUACUAAAAUGUUUGAUUUUGACAGUUUGGUCAAAUUUUAGUUCUUGUAUCCACUUGCAUAUGGAACACCGUAAUGAAUAGCUGUAAUUCUCACCACAAAAGUUUUAAGAGGGUUAAUGAGGUCUCGUUGAUUUUUUUUAGGCUUUUGAGCUCAGAGCUUUAAAGAACUGAGUUCCAGGAAUUGCUUGAAAUAUUCUGAGAAACGUCUCGCUUCAAUUCACGGGAAUUUUUUACCUUCACUUGCACUAUUAAUUCAUACUCUUCGCUUCCAAAUACGAAACAGGAUAUCUCCCGAGGUUUACGUUACUCUGUUGUGACUUGUUUCAGUUUCGUCUGAAACAUAACCUAACGACACUUUUAUUUGACAAGUAUUUUCAACUUUUUGGGGUCCUGAAGAAUUCAAGUUUCUCAAUGUAAUUUUCCUUUUUAUGUUAGCUAAGCAUCGCAACAUACAUCGUUAAGUAUUUUUCAAGCGAUUUUUCAAAGAAGUACAUCAUACUCGGUCGAGAAAUCCAAUGAUGUUACUAUUUUUAUAAAGAUCAAUGAGUAGUACUUUUUAGUGCUGCUGUUAAUCAUGACUAGUGUACGAAACUGGCUCUCCGUGGAUACCAGAGUGAACAUUUAAGUGAAAGGUACUGAGCAUUACUUUCCUGUGGUACUGUAUAUAUUAUGUUGUACUGGGGGAUUCGAACUUUUGAGUCCGUGGAUAAAAUCUUAAAGUGUGACCAUUCAAAAUUGUCAAAUAAAAGCUAAUGAGCAGUAUUGUUCUUUGAAACUGUUUAUUAUGCUGUACUAGAAGGUUCCAACUUUUGAGUUUGUCGACGACUGAAAUCGCAUGGUGUAAUCACCUAGAUAUCGUUAAGUGGGCAGUACUUACCGCUGCUGCUUAUUGUUAUACUGUACAAAGUGGAUCUAACUUUUGAUUAAAUCCUGGAGAAAAUGAAUGUUAAAGAGUUGAAAAGUAUGAUAGUUUUAACGCCUAGUUUGUUACGCUUUUGUUCGUCUAAGGGAUGAAUGACUAAUGUUGCGUUACAUGUGUUAUGUAAACAGAUUUUGGAGCUUCUAUAUGCGAAGAGCCAUCAUCGGCGCCAGUUAUCUAUCAGAAUAUCACACAAGACCAGUUUGGUCGAACAGUCAUCGAGUUAACACAGUCACAGGAGUCUUCAAGCGCUGUUCCGCCGUCGUCACUGUCUCAUCCAGCGAAUGAUGGGAACAACAACAGCGUAGAAGCGUAUAAAUCCCAGUUUGUGUACUCUAAAAUUGACAACGACGAAAAAUUUUAUAAAAAGCAAACUGAAGAUACGGCGUUAACUAAACAGGAAUUGGAAGUCGAAGAAAGCGGCGAUAAAGAAUUGAACAAAAAACACUUGAAACAUGCUGACAAGGUGAGUUUACAGUAUAAUGUAGGAAAGCAAAACUGAGAAAGACUUUGUUCCCAGCAGCUUAUGAAAAUUAUGUAAACUAACUCGUUUGAAUGUCAACAUCGUAUUUUUUACCUCACUUGUCACUUUUCGGCUUGUAAUCUCUCAUGAACGGAUUUUCUGUUUUGGACAAGGCCGAUCUUGUUUAAAUCUAUCGUCUGCCCCAUUUAAGUACGCCUGAGUUCUUAAUGAUUUUACGGCUGUCGCUGCAAAGUCGUUUCGCUACAACCUCCACUGUGUAAACUGUGUAAAUUGUUUUUCUCUCCGAAAAUUGGUUUUUCUCAUCAAAGAGCGAUCUAGUGCGAUAGAAAAUUAGUUUUAGGUUCGUUAGUGAAUUUUCCAUUAGAAAACUCUUUAUUGCUUUCCGAAACGACUAAAAUGAAAGCGUGUUUUAGUCUUUAUGCGAAAGAACACCGACAAUACAAUACUGAAACAUUGUAGUUUACAGUUUUACAUGGUUUUUACUCCCAGCGACUGUACACAAUGCUGUCAUGUGCGUGUAUAUAUCAGAUAUAUCAGAGUUUGUCUUUUCGUUGUCCGUAUUAAAGAUCAGCAAAAAUAGAAAAGUAUCUGUGUUCGUUUACACAAGGCGGCUGUGACUCUGAGAAACCUCUUAAUGAAUAUCUAUUUCGCUGUGUGGGUCUGUAUUUGCGUAAGUAAUUGCAAAAGUGAACGGUUCUAGUGUUACUCAACAUCGCCGACACCUGUAAUAUUGCCGUGAACCACUGAAGAGUUUCACCCACAAAUAGCUAAGGGGUCUUGUCUCGUCAUUCGCUCUAUCACCCCAAAGUGAAUUUUAAUCCACCACGGCGCUCGACCAACGGAAAUGUUUUUGGCCGCGAAGACAAGAAUCCGGAUAUUCUUGAAACCACAUACACAUGUAUCUUUUUUCAGGAAUCGAAUCGUCCUCACGAAACCACUGAAUUGGCCUUAGAAACUGAAAUCCAGCUGUAAAAGCUGAACUGCUUGUAGUUAAGUCUUGCUUUCUGCAAAGCAUGAUUCACCUGAUAUGAGAGCAGUUUCAAAGAAAUACAUUGCAUUUUCCUCGUGGGGAACAACGUUUUGUUUUUAAAAGAGUUUUUUUUUUCUGUUUAAUAGGACAUUAAUUCGUCAGUGAUUGGCUCUAGUCCAUCUCAGCCUGCUACUAACGGAACCUUUCACCCAGAAACCGAAAACCAUAUCAAGCCUCCGCCCAAACGUAGCUUUGGUGACAAGAAAACAAUGUACGAAAACAGAACGGAUGACGAAAAAUCUGGAUCGCUUCAACUGGAACCCAAAGUAGACCCUUAUAGUGAACCUCCCGCGACCACUGAAAAGGACAAACUCCUGCUUAGUUCGAUGAACGGUUCUUGCGGUGCCGUGGACGAGGCGGUACAGGUGUCCACGGCACCCACUGUCCAGUCUUCGGCGGCUUCAAAUAAAAUGGACGGCUUAUUAUUGAACUUGGAAGAAGACGGUGCAUCGUUUGGCAACCACACAAGGUACAGUUACGGCCAUCUUUUUGAACCGUCGGUUGUCAUUAUUGGUUAUCGUCAUCAUCAUCAUCAUCAUCAUCAUCAUCAUCAUCACCAUCGUCAUCUUUGUUUAGCUCUUCUCUUUAAGCGGGUGUGAUGCUGUGGUAAUUCUUAACUGUAACUCUUCGAAUGAAAGCUACUGAGCAGUACUGUUUGUGGUAUUCCUGUGGUAUUGCCUUUGUGUUUGUUGAUGAAAUCCUAAACUGUGGCCAUUCGAAUGAAAGCUACUGAGCAGCACUUUCCUGUGAUACUCUUUACUACGCUAUAUGAGGUCUUACCUUUUUAAUAAGGUUGUCCAUUUAUUCCCAAAGGGAAUAAUCAAAUAAUAAUUAAAUUAAAACUACCGAGCAGCUUUCUCAAGUGGUGCUGUUUACUUUCCUGUUAAAUGCAGUCCUAACUGUAGAGUCUGUGAGUGAAAUCAUAGUCUGACCGUUCAAAUAGAACCUACUGUGUAGUACUUUUACAUGGGAUGAAUUGUUUAUCGUCUGUUAAAAAGCGAAAAAAAUUAUGCUAAAUUUAGAUUCUUUUAUUUUUGCCUAGCAGAUCCACUUCUGAUGCUCAAUCGCCGCGCUUGCCGAGUGGUUUGACACAGGAAGCGCUGAUUCCCGUCUUGAUGGAAGAGAAAAAAAGAAAGGAGGAAGAAAGGGCAAAGCAGCGGGAAAUAGAUGAGGAAAUGCUGAAGAAAGCACGCCAAGAAGUUUAUAAACAGGAGGAAGAAAGCAGGAAAGCUGCAGAGCAAAGAAAAAACACGUUUCAAGAGGAAAGGAAGAGGCUGGAGCAACAAAUGUCGCUCGCGCAGGAAGGAGAGGGACAAAAGAAGGCUCCGCUCUCCAGAUCGGAGGCAGGAAGGAUUAUUGAAGAAGAGUUAGAACAACAAAGAAUGCGAGAGGAAUUAACUCGUAUUGAGAUAGAGAAAAUUAAAGAAAAAGAAAGAUUGGAGAUUGAGAAACAGAAACUAAUAAACGCGAAAAAGGAAGAGCAUCCCUCGGCUUUUCAAACAAAAGGCCAAAUCCAAACAGCGAUCUUUGAUGAGAAAUUAGACGCACCGGACGGGGGUAAUUUUCAAGGCGUUCGGUUUUCCUCAAAGAGAGGAAGCGUAAUUGAUCUGAGCGGAGAAGAGGGUGUUAGUGGUCCAAUAAAAGGGGCGAUAGAGAAUAGGCCCCUUCAGGAACCUGUCUUCGUACCACGUCCUGCCCCUCCCCAAUCACAGCCCCAGGUACAAUCCCAACCGCAACAUCAGCCCGUUAUUCGUAGACCAAAGGAUGGAGCAAAACCAGCUACGGGUAGAAAUUCUGAAUACCGGAAGAGUAUUGUGGAGCUGGAAAUAGAAAGACAGAGGGAAAGAGAAGAAGAGGCGAGGAGAGAGGCUGAAAUCGCAAGACGGGUUCAGUCUGCAAACCAACGCAGUGUUAAAGGGCCUGAAAGCAAGAGCGAGGAGAUAAAAUCGAAAGACCAGCAUUCAAGAGAAUUAGCCGAGUCAAAUGCUGUUGCUGCGAAAGUCCCCAGCGUGAAGAAGCAGACUAAAAAGUUUGAAAAGAAAAGUGAAGCUUUUAAAGCAACCGGUCAAGGGCCCAAAAAUCCUGUCUCAGGUGGAUUGACUGGUAAAACCUCAGGAUUUCAGACGCGUAAUGGAGAAGAAACUGUUGUUCAGCAAGCAAAGUCAACAGUUGUCGAGUCUUCGCCUGUUGACGAGAUCGAUGCGUUUCGCCAGCCAGUAGCAAACGGUUCGGGGCCAGAGGUAAACGGUUUGGAAACGGAAGAGGAGAGAAAAAGAAGGGAGGAGAAGGAACUUUUUAGGCUGGAGCAAGAGGAAGAGAAAAGACGCAGGGAAGCGCAAAGGCAAGAUCUUGAAAGAAUCAGGAAAGAAGUAGAUCUUAAAGAAGCUGAAGAGAUGCUCCGCGUUAAGCUUGCGAAAGAAGAAGAAAAGAAGAAGCAGAGGGAAACCGAACGCAAACUCGCUGAGGAACGUCAAAAAGACCACACGGAAACGCUAAAGAGGUAUGAGAAUGAUGCGACGUCAAGGAAAACGGCGUUCGCAGCGCACAAGUUGAUUCUUGAACAGCGUGUUUUGAAAGCACUGGAAGAGAGUAAACAAGAAAGUACUGUUCCUAAGCGGCGCGCGUCCAGCUUUGAUCGCCCGUCUGAAGCGUUUGAGCAAGGCGGCUCUCUCGGUUCGGAAAGAGAUGAAUUUAGCAGUGGAGGAGUAACGCUUAGAAAAGCUAAUUUUGAGAAAAAUGGAGUGAGAAAAGACUCUAAGGAGGAAUUGCGAAAGAAGCGGUACUCUCUUAAUCUUCACCACACUCGACGUGGGAUAAACUCUUUGGAGGAUACAUCGUUGGGAAAAGACCGCGUAACUAUGGAGGCCGUCGAUGACGUCUUUGUAGGAAGACUUAAGUCUCAAGCAGAUGUGAAUACAGGUGGAGAGCAAGCUAGUGAAGGCAAGCUAAGCAAAGCUAAAAGUGUAGGUGAUUUGUCGUUUAAAAAAGGCGCAAAAAAUGAUGAAGCUCGUUCUUAUCCAGUGUUAAGGAGAGUUUCUUUCACCCCAGACCAGACCGAUUCCGUGGACGGGGUACCGUCGUUCUCUGACUCUAGAAUACAGAAAGAACUUGAGGAACAGCGUUUGCGGGAAGAGAUCGUAAAGCAAGAAGUCUUGGAGAGAGAAAAGCGUCAUCGACUAGAAGAAGAGAAAAAGAAAACCGUUGAGGUGUCUGCGGGCAAGAAGGAGAUGAGUUUAAAAGACAUCAAGAGAAAUCCUCUUCCUAACAAAAUUCAGGUAGUUAUAUAAUAAUUAUGCGUUAUUGACCAAGUCUGAGGUCAACAAAAUGGCUGAAUAUCCAUCGUCUCGGUCAAUAAAAACGUAAAAAAGAACGAGGCCAACAUUCAGCCACCUUGACCGAAAGAGCUUGGUCAUUAAAGGAUUUACUAUAUGAACAAAAAGAGAACUUUUUCUUGCGGGACCAACGCAUAAGAAACCCGGGAGUGUAGGACGGUCUCAUCUUGCCCACUCGGGUAGCCAAUCAAAACGCACGAUUCGCUUCAUGCUGCCCGCUCGCAAAUUCAGCUGUAUAAUAAGUAUGCGGUAUUGAUCGAGCCUGAGGUCAAGAUGGCCAAAUAUUUGCCAAGUUCUAGUUUUUGCUUUAUAAUGGACCUUAAUUUAGUUUCGGUCAAUAAAAACGCAAGCUCCCUAAGGUUACUUGAAGUAAACAUGAAUGUAGAAAAUCCUCCUUCCUGUUUUCACCAAGUAUGGCAGUCUACUGAUUAUCGCAAGAAGACUGCCCUUUUAUAUCGUUUGACCCACCUUUACAUGUACUUGUACAGUUCUAAUUAUGUCACGGAGUUCUUCAAAAAUGGUGUAAUUUACCAGCUAUGAAAUCACUGCUUGUACAAAUCUCAGAUUGAACUUAACGUCUAGUGCAAGGUUUUGCCAAUUUUGAAAGCGUGUGGCAUUUUUUUCGAUUUUUUAGUUUCUAUUCCAGGCUUCAACGUUCUCUUAAUUUGGUCAGUAGUGACUUUGAUUGGGUAAAUUUGCCUCCAACAGGUCAAAAAGCCUCAAUCCUCGUCAUCAAACCGAGACUCGCUGACUCAUUCGAUGGCAGCCCAUUGGGAGACAGUGUUACAGUCAGUACCAGACGGAAAGGAGGCAAAGUAAGGCAGCUGCUUAGUCUCCAAAUUACAUUAUUUGCUUUAAUUUUGCCAACUGAUUUACUCAAUUGAUUGAGUACUAGACAGUAAAGUGUAGGCGUGAGUUCGAUUCCCGGCCGGAUCAUUAAAUAACUGAUGUGCUCUGGUGUAUUUCUCUUCAUGAUUUGUUUUCAUUUGCCUCAAGUUUGGCUUCUAUGGGAGAGUUUUGUUUUCUCAUGAAUUAGUGCCGCAGCCUUCUUUCCUGCACGCAUUGGUUAGAUGUUUCCCUGACACCUUUUUUGUCUUCUCAUUGAUUUGCUUUAGGAGCCAAGUGAACAAAAGAAAAAGUGUGAUCGAGGUAAGUAGUUUGUAGUUCUACCCAAGAAGAAUAUAUUAAUGUAAUGUAAAAGUGAACAAAGGGGUCGUUUUCGAGGGAAAACAUGUAACUGAUGCAAAGGACGCGAAAAGAUGUAGCAAAUCCUGAGCGCGGGAAAACAUACCAUAGUACCAAGCGUUGUAAAACAUUCAACGUGUACGAAUGGCGGGAAACUUGCAAUGAGUGACAAAGGCGGGAAAAACAUGCGUUAGGUACCAAACCUAAGAACACGUGCAACUUGUCCAACUCGGUAGCCUCCGUGGAAGGAACUAUUGUUUUUUUCUGCAAAGCACAGGAAGUCAUGUAACCCGUCUUACUCAGGAAAACCUGGUAUGAAGCGGGAAAUAUGAAACCAGACUCAAUUGAGGAAAAACCUGUAACUGAUGACAGUAGGGAAUUCAUCUUCCGAGAGAACUCUUUGAAUGUUAACCAGAGAAGAUAUACUAGGACCAUUUAUAUGAAGAGAAAUACGGCGCAUCUUACAUAAGAUGCAAACUUUACCGUACAAACGGCACAUUUCGUUUGAAAUAAGACGCGUCUUACUUCAGACGAAAUGUGCCGGUUAUACGGUACAGUCUGCGUCGUAUUUAGGGCGCGUCUUGUUUUUCCUCGUAUAAACGGCCUUACUGUCUAUCUCAUAUUCUCAUGCUUGAGUUUCCCUCAACUCUGUUUGUUGUUUUUAUGCCGUAUAUUUCGCUUGGAAACUAAUUUUCCUUGUUUUUCCAUUUCUUUGGCAGCUGGAAAAAGAGGAGGAGAGACGAAGGGAAGAGGAACUUCAGAAGGAAAGAGAAAGAGUUUUGUUAGAAAGACGACAGAAAGAGGAAGAGAAUCAGUUUAUUAAACAGGUACGUGGAAAGUGAAUGUUCCGUUGUUGUUACUGUUGUUGUUGUUUUUUUUAUCUACUGUGGUUGCAAUCAGUUUUAUUUGUUUGAACGUGUGGUUAACGUUUUUCGUUACCCUUUCGUUUUCAGAAGAAGAAGGAACAAGAAAUGGAAAGGAAGAGGAAAGAAAAAGAAGAGAAGGUUAGUUUCGGAGACACGUUUAAACCUCACCCCUCAGUAUUGGACAAAGACAGACUGAUGAAGAAGUUGCUCUUGGAUUAUUUUCACUUACGAAAUCGAAAAUUAAAACACUAUUUCAAGCCGAUAUAAUCGAUAGUUCAAAAAAAAUCGAUGUAUGUUGAAAACUGUUUACUUUAAAUUGCAAGCAGACGCUUUUAGAUACGGAACCGUUCUUGCUUGCCCUAUAAUAGUUUCUUUCCGUGAACUAGAGCAACAAGCUCAUUUCCUCCUUCAGGUUGUUGAGAGGGUAAACCAAGUCGUUGCCAGUGUAUAGAUCCUAGUUGUUCAAGGCGUAUAACGUUCUCCACUGAAUAAUAUUAUAUGCUGUCCAGUGGAUUAGUAUUGCGGAAAUCAAUUGCGUUAUCCAGCAAGCAAACACAGACAAGGAUGCCGCUUUUAAAAGCAAGUUAAAAUGUUUAAGAUGACUAAUAUGCUAAAAUGACAAACACCACACCUCGGUUUUGUCGUUUUGACUGAUCAAGGGUUUAUACAGAACGAAAUUUGAAAAAUGAUAAAAUUGUUUACAACGUGAACCUUAACUGUAACAUUAAGUCGGUAAAGUUAUUUCUCUGUUUAUUCUGUUUCAGGAAAAGCGGCAACAGCGAACUACAGCCAUGAAAUCCUUAUUUGAAAGCAAAGGAACCAAAAAUUGAAAAACAGAGUUUUAUAGUAUAAAUAGAGACUAAUUUGAAGAUUUUUCUAGACUUUUUGUUAAGAAAGUAUUAAAUGGUCGCGCUGUAUUUAGUAAGUCCAAAACCCUUUCUUAUGAUAUACAUUUUUUGAACAAACCUGUAUUGAGCAGAUACCGGAUAACAGAAGCGCUUGCCACCAAGCCAAAAAUCCGAAAAGUUUGGAUCGAAGGUUAAUGCUAAGGUCGUUUUCUCGUAAAUUCCAACCGAAAACUGAUUUAGGACUUCGUUUUGAGGUAGUCCAAUCAUUCCGGUUGGUAUGGACAAAACAAACUGUCGCUUACCAUUUACCCUUCUUUGCGUUCAAAUCUUGCGCUUUUUAUAUUCGCGCCUUUUUUUAUCAGAUUCAAACCGUACAUUUCUCCGGUGCGCUAAAAAAGGUGGCUUACAUGCCACGGUCAGGUAGUAAGUACCCUAGGGAGCGCACUGCUCAAUACUGGCUUCUGUCUGUGUUCGUGUAAGGGUAUUUACGUACUACAAGCAAGAGCCCCCGAGUCACAACCCCUGAGUAGUAUCUGUGUUACGCCUUUCCCAUCUUAAACAAGUAACUAACUUAGGGGUCUUAAACAUAAAAAGGUGUUUGGCUUAUUUUCAGUCCUUAAUAGAAAGAUUGCUUCCUCACAGAAGAAGCGUUUAAGAGAUGUUCGUGUUCGAAAGGUGACGACUAGCUGGGUCUAGUUUUAACAUGAUUUGACCACGUCUUAGUGGUGUUAUUAGUGAGUUUACGAAACAGGACGGCAGGAAAAAGAGGACAGCAAAAUGUUUCUGCGUGACAAACGUGACAGGGCUAUAACUUGCAUGUUAUGUCGUGAUCUUCACUUAGGAUUAAUGUUUUGUGGUUUUUACAAAAAGAUCUGUUUAAAGGAAAGUGAUGUUUAGCGAAAAGUUAUUUCAAACAAAAUUGUUGUCACGGUUGUCACACAAGGUUUGCUGUCUUCUUUCCUCUCCCGUCCUGUUGCGUAAGUUCACUAAUAAGGAGUUUACGCGACGACGACGGCGACGGCAACGAGAACAGCAAAAAAGCAAUAGGUUUAAGGUG